AUGAUGCAAAGAAAAAACCGUUGUGCCAAAAAAAAAAAAAAAGGGGGUCUGAUAGUAAAACAAUGUCUACAUGGAGAAGGAUGUGCGCCGAGGCCAUUGGCAAGAGUAGUUUUGAGAAGAAGGUAAUAUCGUCUAUGGAGCCGACAUUUCAGGUGGCAUUAUACAGUGACCGCUGCUAUGCGAAAGUUAAAGAACUUUUCCAUAUGUACCGUAAUGGCUUAGUUAAAAAUACCAAACCAGGGAAGCAAUUGAAACAGUCGGAAAGUUGUCGAAAAACGAAAUGCCGACAGGCUUGUUGAACCAUUGCCACGAUGCGCAACUAUGGGAGCAACAGCAGCAAUAUGACAGCUCAGAACCCGCAUCUACAGUAAAUAUUAUGACUGAGAUAGGGCUACAUUCCAAAUGCCACGGAAUGCCCAGUCCAUUCAAUGGACGAAUAAUUACAGAUUUUGCAAAUGCUUCGAAUAUGAGACUGAAUCGCGGUCUGCUUGUGUUGACCAAGGUAUGUGGAUAUAUAGGCCUAUUUUCUGUUCUCUAGAAAUGUACAGAUACUAGGAAACGUGUAUGUAAGUUUAAUGACAAAAGUACAUAUAUACAGAGAUACAAGAAAACAAGACUGAAAAUGAAAAUAAAUUAGAACCAAACAAUAUUUCUAACUGUAUUAAAACAAAAAAUAGAUGUGCCGUACUAGUCUGAUAUGAUAACAAAUGAAACUCAAAAAUCGUUUAGUACUUUGAAGACUAGUUUUAUUUUUGACAGUAAACUAGCUUUCGUGCACACAGUUCAUCUGAAGAAGUGCACAAGCUGUUUAUCGAAAUACUCAAAACCUUCGCAAUUCUAUAGUUUAUCAGGCUUAGAAUCAUUGAAAAUUCUAUCAUUCCUAUUAAUAUUCUAGCUACA